ACUUCUUUCCCGCUGAGCGUCCGAGAAGGCGCCUCGGAUAGGUCCGGCGUCGAAGGCCAUUGGGAACGCUCCAUUUGAGGUUGAGAAAUGCAGACGAGGAUCUGUUCCAGCCUGUGCAGUUACAGUCAUGGUUUGACGAAAAGAGGGCACGGUAUUGGGUUGUCGACAGGAGUAGGCAAGAAGACCAAGUGCAACAGGGGCAUCGAGCCGACGUGCGUGAUGUAGGUGAGGAUUCUGAUGCAGGCGAUGGGUUAGAUAGUGGGAGUGAUGGUGGGGGCCACAUGGUUGACGACCAGAUCAUCCAGGAUAUUGAGAGGUGGAAGGCCGACAAGCAGGAGCGGCGGCUGCAUUUUUUGAGGAAGGUGCCCACUGUGGAGAUGGAUUCGUGGUUACAGUACACAAGGUGGAAUGAGGCGCUAAGCCAGUCGAAGCACAACAUGGUUGAGACGUCCUGUUUCACGCGCAUGCCAGACCCCGAGGAGCCCAAGCUGCAACGGUUGUUGCGAGCAUGGAAACGGAUCAUGGAGCGCUGUCUGGACACGCUAGAGGACAUUGACCACAAAGAUGUGUUGAAGUGGUGGGCUUCACCAAAGAAUGAGGCCGCGAGCCAGCGGCCAUUCGAACUGCGGCAGAGCAUGAAGAGCAUGGAGAAGUACAGCCGGGUCUGGGAGGGUUUCAUUUGUUACAUGAUGCGGACGGCGACGGGGGAUUGCUGGGAGGAUCCAGAGACAGGCGUGGAGUACACGUAUGUGCAGUGGAGGUGCAUUCAACGGAUACGGAGGGGGUUGGAUAGCCAUGAGGACAUUUGGGGGGGGGGACAAUAG